AUGCUCAAUGUCAUGGACAGGAAUGAGGUUUCACCGGCGUCUGCUGCCACCAUGAAAAAGAAGGCGGUGGGCGGCAGUGGCUGCAGCCACAUCAGUGCACCCAAAGCUGCAGCGUCCAAAUGCACAAGAAGUAACAGCAGCCAGAAGUGUCUGGACUCCGGUUCUCCAGGCGCACCGAGCGCUAAGCAGCCCGGUGUGGCCAGCAACAUCGUGAUGGACGAGACCGAGGACGGAGAAGAGGAGUCCAAGUUUCAGCAUCCGCGGUUGCGCCGAGCCGGGGGGAGCGGCAGUGGUGGAGGAGGAGGAGGAGGAGGAGGUGGCAGUAUCAGGAUGAAGAACUUUACGCCAGGAGGGGGAGCCGCGUCCUCGGCUUCCAGGAGAAACUCCAACAAGGAGCCCUGCCUUAUGCACACAGAGGACGCUCCUGCCGCCCCACGGCCCACUGCUUCCUCCAGAGCUACCCAGACCCAGACACCCUGUCCGGGCGAUGCUGCCCAGCGCAGAGAGACCAGCAGAGCAUCUGGGGCGGAGGCGUCGGCAUCAGCGGUCGCGGUAGAGGCUUUAAACGCGACAACGGGUGAUGGUUGCAACAGCGUCGCACCAAUUUCCAGCAUGAAAUGCAACAAAAACGGAGAAUGCAGGAGGGACUCGGGUACCGGGAGCCUGCGCUCAAUCAUCUCCAAGCAGGAGAAGCAGACAGGAGGGUCGGGGAGGGCCGAGGACGGAGGGAGCGCCAAGCGAGGAGCCUGUAACUCGACCACCGCAAGCAUGGACGGCUCAAUCACACCAGGCGGGUCUCUAGCCGGAGGGCACGGAGGAGAGAGUGUAAACCCCGGCACUACCCCCGUGUCCAGCGGUGUCCCCGAGAAAAAGGACUCCAAGGUGUCCUUCUCUAACGCACCAAGCCGGAAAGCCUCGUCCUCUCUGCAUGGCCCGACCCAGACCCAGCAGCCCAGGAACUCUGUCACUUUCCAGAAGCCGGAGGAUGGACCGCCAAUUGUACCCGCCGAGGAUGCGGAACCUCGGGGCAGCCAAGCCAGCUUCAUGCAGCGGCAGUUUAGUAGUAUGCUGCAGCCUGGAGUUAACAAAUUCUCCUUACGCAUGUAUGGUAGUCAAAAAGCAGUGGAGAGAGAGCAAGAGAGGGUAAAAUCAGCUGGAAAUUGGAUUAUCCACCCUUACAGCGAUUUCAGGUUCUACUGGGAUUUCACAAUGCUGCUAUUUAUGGUGGGCAACUUGAUCAUCAUCCCCGUGGGCAUCACCUUCUUCAAGGAUGAGACCACGACGCCCUGGAUCAUCUUCAAUGUGGUCUCCGACACUUUCUUCCUCAUGGAUCUGGUGCUCAACUUUCGCACUGGAAUCAUCAUUGAGGACAAUUCUGACAUCAUUUUGGACCCUAAAACCAUUAAGAAAAAGUACCUAAAGACUUGGUUCAUUGUGGACUUUAUCUCCUCCAUCCCAGUGGAUUACAUAUUCCUCAUAGUGGAGAAAGGGAUUGACUCGGAGGUGUACAAGACUGCUCGAGCCCUGAGGAUCGUCCGCUUCACCAAGAUCCUAAGUCUUCUGAGGCUGUUGAGGCUCUCCAGAUUAAUUCGCUACAUUCACCAAUGGGAAGAGAUCUUCCAUAUGACCUAUGACCUUGCCAGUGCAGUGAUGCGGAUCUUUAAUCUGAUUGGUAUGAUGCUGCUGCUGUGUCACUGGGAUGGCUGCCUACAGUUCCUGGUUCCCAUGCUGCAGGACUUCCCCUCAGACUGCUGGGUUUCCCUCAACAAAAUGGAGAAUGAUACCUGGUCCGAGCUUUACUCCUUUGCUGUGUUCAAGGCAAUGAGCCACAUGCUGUGCAUCGGUUAUGGCCGGCAGGCCCCGGAAAGUCUAUCAGAUAUCUGGCUCACCAUGCUGAGUAUGAUUGUAGGAGCCACUUGCUAUGCUGUUUUUAUUGGCCAUGCAACAGCUCUUAUCCAAUCCUUGGACUCGUCCAGACGCCAGUAUCAGGAAAAGUACAAACAAGUGGAGCAGUAUAUGUCCUUCCACAAGCUGCCUGCUGACUUCCGACAGAAAAUCCAUGACUAUUAUGAGCACAGAUAUCAGGGCAAGAUGUUUGAUGAGGAGAGCAUCCUGGGAGAACUCAGCGAGCCUCUAAGAGAGGAAAUUGUUAACUUCAACUGUCGCAAGCUGGUGGCUUCCAUGCCACUGUUUGCCAACGCAGAGCCAAAUUUUGUGACCGCGAUGCUGACCAAGCUGCGUUUUGAAGUAUUCCAGCCACAUGACUACAUUAUAAGGGAGGGCACCAUUGGGAAGAAAAUGUACUUCAUCCAGCAUGGAGUCUGCAGCGUCAUCACUAAGGGCACCCUUGCAAUGAAACUCUCUGAUGGCUCAUAUUUUGGAGAGAUCUGUCUGUUGACGAGGGGUCGGCGAACAGCCAGUGUCCGAGCAGAAACUUACUGUCGACUCUACUCUCUCUCUGUUGACCACUUCAAUGAGGUGCUGGAAGAGUAUCCCAUGAUGAGAAGAGCCUUUGAGACUGUUGCUAUUGACCGUCUUGACCGCAUAGGUAAAAAGAACUCCAUCUUAAUGCACAAGGUUCAGCAUGAUCUCAACUCUGGUGUCUUCAACAACCAGGAGAACGAGAUGAUCCAGGAGAUUGUGAAGUAUGACCGUGAAAUGGUGAAGCUGGUGGACCUGCAGCGGCCACGGGCCAUGUCUAUGACCCCGUCCAUCGGUGGUAUCUUUGCUCCUCCUGGCCAGUCGCAGACAGGCUCUGCUAUCGCCACCCUCCAGCAGGCUGUGGCUAUGAGCUUUUGUCCCCAGAUGGCAAGUCCUUUGGUCGGUCCAGGCACUCUGCAGUCUCCCCGUAUGGUGCGAAGAUUUCAGGUGAUGCAGAACCUCGCCAGCCCAGUCUCCAUGUCUCCUCUUCAGUCUCAACCCCCUCAGACACUUGGAGGGAUGUUUGGAUCUGCAAUCUCCAGCCCACCUGUCCAAAGCCCGCUCGCAGCUUCAGGACGGACUUUCCAGUACAUGGCAAGCGCAGGACCCUCUGGAUCCCAGUUGUCCCUAGUACAGCACCAUGCACCCAGCCCAACACAGACCCAGCAGAGGCCUGCCUCACACAAGAGCACCCACUCCCUUCAUGCAGGCAGCUUGAGCCAGGAUACCCGUGCCCUGUCUGCCUCCCAGCCUUCACUCCCCCAGGAGGGAACACCACAAGCUGCCUCUGCAGCCCCCAGCCCUCCACCCUCCACGCGCACCUCCAACACCUCCAUUGGCCCCGCUCAGCCCUCUCACCCCAGCCUGCCCGGGCCCUCAGGGGUCGGGAGAUCAGCUGGUGCGCAACAGAGGGUGGCCUUUGCCUCCACACCUCCUCCCGGUGGACCAGCUGCAGCAGGGGCAGUAGCAGCAGCUGGAUCAGGACCUCCAGACUCUGGAGUUCCCAAGAAAGAUUCAAUUGUCAGCCUUCCAGAGCUAGACUCUGCCAGAUCCCGGCUGUCUUCCAACUUGUGA